AUGCAGAACUUCCACCACAGCAAGUACCUCCUGGACCAACUCAACAAGCAGCGUGAGCAGAGUAUCUUGUGUGACUGCAUUGUUGUGAUUGGCCAGUCUCACUUCAAGGCCCACAAGAAUGUCCUAGCAGCAUUUAGUGAGUACUUUGGAGCUCAGAAUGACAGCUCGAGCAUUGAUGGGUUUACUUUUCUGGACCCGAGUCAGGUGAACGAGUACAAGUUUCAAACCUUGCUGGACUUCCUUUACACUGGAGUCAUAAACAUUGAUUGUUACAAUGUGACAGAAUUGCUGCGGGCAGCCAAAUACCUUAAGAUAGACGGUCUAGUUGCAAGAUGCAAAGAAUUUUAUAAGAGACACAUUGCCAAUAAGCAAUACAAGAUGGAAGUGGAGGCAAUUGCAACUGCUUCUGUUGGUCCUGUUCAGGAUGAUCAGAGUACUUGUGACCCCUUUACACUUGACUUCUCAAAUAAAUCCACUUUUCUGCAUGCAGGCGACAAUCACAAAAGUAAAACGCCUUCCAAAACAGAAUGUGUAUAUGGCUUCCAAAAGACACAGGCAAAAAGAAACAACCAAGUCCAAAAGCCUGCUGAACACAACAGUAAGACACACUCCAAAACAGAAUGUGCAAAUGGCUUCCAAAAGACAAAAGCAAAAAAAAUUAAACCAGUCCAAAAACUUACAGAAAAAGCUGUUAGCAACUUUGUUAAUGAUAAUGAAACAAAUGAGCAAAUGGAAGACUUGCCAGUGCUCACUGAGCAGAAAGAACAGUUGACAAGGGUAACAGAAGCUUCUAGUUGUAGCAAUCAUAACAGAACAGGACUGAAGCGUCGGCAAAAAGAAUUCAAAAGUGAAUCAGUAGACAAUACAAGUGUCCCAAGUCAGGGUGUGAUCUCACAGAACCCAAAAAGGAGAAGAAGCAGAUCUGGGAAAAAACGUGCUCUGAAAUCUGCAUCUGCAUCUGCACCAGUUGCCGUCAAAAGAGAGAGAUGCCUGGACCCUUCCUUGGAAAUUGAACUGAGUGAAAGGCAGUCAAAGAGGAAGCCAUUGUGCAGUGCCUGUGGAAAGGUGUUCUCUGAAACUAGUAGCUUACAGAGACACAUGCGAAUACACAAAGGAGAGAAGCCCUACAUCUGCCAGCUGUGUGGGAAAGCAUUUACACAGUGCAACCAGCUGAAGACUCACACCCGCACACACACAGGAGAGAAGCCAUACAAGUGUGAUAUCUGCAACAAAGGCUUUGCUCAGAAAUGCCAGCUGGUCUUCCAUAGCCACAUGCACCAUGGAGAAGAGAAACCAUACAAAUGUGACUUCUGUAGCCUUCAGUUUGCCACAUCAAGCAACCUAAAAAUACACACCAGAAUACAUAGUGGAGAAAAACCGUAUGUUUGUGAAAGAUGUGGACAAAGCUUUACUCAAGCAAGUACUUUGACUUAUCAUUUGCGUCGUCACACAGGAGAGAAACCUUAUGUCUGUGACAUGUGCGGGAAAGCGUUUGCUGUAUCUAGUUCUCUUAUCACACAUACCCGCCAGCACACAGGAGAGAAGCCAUACACGUGCGCCACAUGUGGGAAAAACUUCUUUUCUUCAGGAGUUCUUAAAAAGCAUAUUAGGUCUCACAAAGGAGACUUAAACACACCUUACUCUCCGGCAGAUAUUUUUUAUGAUGAGGAUAUUCUUCAAAAAGCUGUUUUGCAGGAACUAGCAGAACUAGCAGAACUGAAACCCGUAAACAUUCCACCCUCCAAUUUUACGCCAGUGGCCCCAGAAGUCAAGAUGCUGUUAAUGACAGAAGGAGCUUGUUUUAACUCUGAUCAGUCAGUGAUGUCCAGUGGUUCAAACUCAAAUUUCAUUUUUACUGAACAAGGCUGUCAUAAGACACCUGCAGUAAGUAAUCAGAUGCAUCUAUAA